CACUCGUAGACUCAAUUAUUUUCAGCCACUGGUAUAUCAAUUUGGUCAUGGUGGACUUUUUCCAGACUUAAAACUACUGAGGGCUUUUUGUACUGGAAAUUCCUUCCUGAUGAUUUUAUGUGAAACUACAAAAGUCCCAUUCUUUGGAGAUAAUUAUCCACAGCUGGAUCCGACGUAUCUACCCUUUGUUGGUGGGGUCAAUCAUGACACCUUUGCCGUUGAGUUGGCAAAUAAUCUAGCAGAUAUCCAGAAAUAUGAUAAAUUCAUGGCGAAUGAUUAUGGUAGAGACGAGAAUUUAAAAAAAUACGGAGAAUCCACUCCACCGAUAUUUAAGUUGUCCAAUAUCCAGGUCCCUGUUGUCUUGUUCUGGGGAGAAAAUGAUUGGGUUGCAACGAAACCGAAUGUUGACCGCCUUUACAGUGAAUUGAGUGAGAAUGUUCGUUGUGGUAAAAUCAAGGUAAAAGACAAUAAAUGGAACUACAACAAUUUUCUAGAGGGAAAAAAUAUAAUUCCAUUAUUGUACACACCACUCCUGGAAACAAUUCAAACAUUGAUGGCUGGAAAAUGUUGAACUUGAUUUGUUACAAGUUAUUAUAGUUAUUAUGAAAA